UGCAGUUCGUCACAGACAUUGGAUUUGCUAUAAAACACAACCACACCACCGAGUUCCGUUCAUUCGGAGUCGAACUCUUGAGCGGAAAAGAACAAAAAAGCGGAAAACCAAGAAACAGCGAAGACCAAAUACAAAUAGAAAAUCCUCAGCAAAACAAAAGCGAAGUGGUUAAAUAGUGAAUUGUAUGUGCGAAAAUCAAGCACGCGGUUAUAUAUAAAAUUAAGUAUAUAACAGCAAGAACAAGUCAAAAGUAGUUACGUGUGUAGCGAAGUUAUUGCUCGCGCGAAUUUACAAACGAGUUUUUAAUACCAUCGCAAAGAAUCUGAAAAACUAAGAGCGACGCAGUGCAUUGUAAUUCGUCACUGGAAACGUGUAGCGAAACAAAGUCAUUGGAAAGUUCUAGAAGCGAAUAAGCAACAACAAUAGCAAAACAAGUGACUUCGUCGUAGUGGAGUGCCUUUUGUAGUGGAAUCAAUACUUUUAAACUCAUAUUUUGCCUUCCUCGAAUUCUAAACCGGCGAAAUGGCUUUCAUGAUGCCCGUAAUGAAGAACAACUACGACAUCUACAAGGAUAGUCGUUCGCGCAAAACUUCAGAGUGCUCCACUACCAGUUCGAAUGGUGGCGCACCCACAUUGUCUUCCGCCAUGGGUGGGGCACCCAGUGGGCGUGUGCGCAAAGUUUCUGAGUGCAAGUCAGAAAGUUUCGCCACCUCACCUUCGCACACCUAUCGCAUGCAGAUGCAGCGCUGUCAGUCAUCGCGCGCCUUUCCCCGCAACGCAUCGCGCACCUCGCACUCGUCGGCCGCUGGCGCCUUGUCGCCCACGCGCUCCUUCAGCCAGGCGUCCAGUCCGCCUAAGACGAUUAACACUGCGGAAAGCCAGAACGAUAUCACAAAAUUUCACUUGCGGCUGGUUGAAAAGCUCCGCAAGUCCUUUCGCAAGGACAGCGCCAAACGGUCAUGAGAACGCGAAAGCGCCCUCCAUCACAGCAACAGUAGUGGCAGCUAUCCCAAUGACGAUGGCAGCACAACAAAAGCAGAAAACAAUAAUUUCAAACAUAAUAGGGAAGCGCAGCAGCAUCAGCAGCGGUCACAGGUCGACAGCCCUGAAAGUAGUGCUAGUAGGCGUCAGUCGGCCGGUCGUGAUGUUGUCUGCGCGUCGGCGGAUACCGCCACAACCCACAAGGAAAGCGGUGAUAAUUUCGAUAUCGUCGCAGCAGACGCCAUUGAAGACGCAGAAGAUUGGCCAAAGUUCGAAGACAACAACACCGUUGCGGCGCCGAGUUCGUUGGCCGCACACUUGGGACGGCGCAUCACAGCGCCAUUAACGCGUGCCAACCUCAAGCGUUGCCACAAAAAAUUCGCGAAGCUGCAGCUCACAACGGCGGCGCAGCAUUCACUAGCGGGCCAAAUGGGCUCCGCGUCCACGAUAGAAUUGUACUCCAGCUCGGAUGGCUCAAGUUUGUUUGGCGGCGACCGAAGACAACUGCUUGCAGAGGGCAAGAAAGCGCAGCAGAAACGCAUCAAACAGACGACAACAACAAAUGUCACAGCAAUGGGCGAGAAAACGGAAGUAACGGAGAAACCAAAGCAGACGGAGGCGGCGACAGGUCGUGGUCGCAAAAAACGUAAACGCAUGAAUUUCCUGCGGCGCUCUACUUCCCGCUUUAGUUCGAAGAGCGCGCCGGGUUAAGACAAGACACCCACACACCAGAGCGUGCGUUGUAUGCUUUCAGCUGUAAUUUGGGCUUCAUGUGGCAGCAGUGUUGGCUUUAAAUGUUUGCCGCGCAUCACUUUGCAACGCAGCGCAACGCAACGCAGCAGCAGAGCAGGGAAGUAAAGAUUAAUGAAGCAGGACUGGCGAUACAGCCGCAAAACAUUCAGGGUCCAAUUGGGUCUUGCGACUCGUCGCCUGACUGCAGUUUGUUGCACGCGCGCACAACGUGAUCAGCAUUGUGGCAGCAGCAACUGUCGCUGCCAUUUCGAAUGCAAGGUCGCGUGCGCGUCGGCAUUCUCAAGGCGAGUAGUAGGAAAGGAGUGAAUGAGUGAUGGAUACAACGGCGGAGGGAUGAAAGAGGGCGCAACCAAAUUGAGGUGCGAGCUGGCAGAUAGCCCAAAUAUUUUACAUAUAUAUGCAUCUGAAUCUGGGCGAGCGAAUGCAGUGGUGGCAGCGCUACAACGGUACUUAUUUGCGAAAUAUCACAGGCAAUGCGGAUAGCAUGGCUAUUUUUGGGCUCAUUCGACAAAUGGUAAGCGGAAAUUAUCACAAGGAAUGAACCGCACUAUUCUAAAGACAGAACCCGAACUUUUUAAGUAUAUUUUGAAUGUAUGAUUUUUUUAGAAGCAAUUAAGUAUUUUGGAAUAAUAUUUUUUAUUGAAUAUUAUUUUAUACAAAUUUUAGAACUUAUGCCAUGUGAUAAAGUAUGAAACUAUUUUGGGAAAGCAAAUGCUUGUGGAAGUAACAACAAAAAUAUAGACAUUUAAAGAAGUGAGCUUAAGAGCCGAAUAAACAAAUUUACAUAAAGUUUCAAACGGUUUUCAGGGAACUAAAUGCUUCCAAAUUUCUUUAAAAAAUAUGAAAACUAUACAACGUUGAAACUGCCAUUUCCAAAUUGUUCUGUAGAGAAAAGCUUUGAGUUAAUAGAAUUUAUUUUUCUGCACAACACAUAACAUUACAAAUAUUUUAGAGCUGUCUUUGGGCUUCCAUGAAAUUGAACAGAACAAGCACUUUUUGCUUGAAAGCAAAUAAUAAUUAGCGAGAAGCCACAAAAGUGCCACACACAUGGCCGUGGAAGCCCAUUUACGCCACUCAAAUACAAUAA